CUCCUUACAGAAGAUUUUGAUCGCUUCAACGUAAGAGCUACAGAGAAAGUGCGAGAAAAUUCUUAAGAAAGACCGAGAAAAUAUCAAAAAAUCCUCUUCUUGUUGUUUUUAUCUUUUGGGUUUUGUUUGUUCUGGUAUGAUAUUGGAAAAUGGUUGCUGAAGCCGAAUCUGUGUGCCAAACGAGCGUGCCUGUGUUGGAGGAUAUCAAGCCCGUGGACAAAAUCCCAGAUGCAGUCCUUGAAUCUUCCAUCCUGCAAUUUAUGCCCAGUUUCCGCUCUGGUAGCUUUGCUGACAUUGGUCCUCGAAGAUACAUGGAAGAUGAGCAUAUACAUAUAGAUGAUUUAUCCUCACACUUGGGAUCAGUUUUUGAGUUUCCUAAACCAAGUGCUUUUUAUGGGGUAUUUGAUGGUCAUGGAGGACCUGAAGCAGCAGCUUAUAUAAGAAAAAAUGUUCUUAGACUCUUUUUUGAAGAUGCCAACUUCCCCCAAACAUCAGAAGUGGAUGAUGUCUUCUUAGAGGAGGUUGAGAACUCACUUCAGAAAGCAUAUCUGCUGGCUGACCUAGCCUUAGCAGAUGAAUUUGGUGUGAGCAGUUCCUCUGGGACAACGGCUCUUACUGCUUUGAUAUUUGGAAGGCUUCUCUUGGUUGCCAAUACUGGUGAUUGCAGAGCAGUUCUUUCUCGGAAAGGAAAGGCAAUCGACAUGUCUCAAGACCACAAACCCAUUUAUCCAUCAGAAAGGAGGCGAGUGGAAGAGUUAGGUGGAUACAUCGAGGACGGGUAUCUCAAUGGUGUUUUAUCAGUUAGUCGAGCCUUGGGGGACUGGGAUCUGAAGUUCCCUCGUGGUUCUUCUUCACCACUUAUUGCGGAUCCAGAAUUUCAGCAGGUGGUUCUAACUGAGGAUGAUGAGUUCCUCAUCAUGGGGUGUGAUGGAAUUUGGGAUGUGAUGUCUAGUCAGCAAGCCGUUAGCCUUGUUCGUCGUGGGCUGCGGCGGCAUGAUGACCCAGAACAAUGUGCAAGGGACCUUGUCAUGGAAGCCUUGCGCCUCAACACAUUUGACAAUCUCACUGUGAUUGUUGUAUGCUUCUCUUCUCUGGAUAACUGGGAACCAUCACCACCACGGCAACCGAAGAUGAGGUGCUGUAGCCUCUCUGCAGAGGCCCUUUGUAGCCUGAGGAGCUUGUUGGAUGGCAGUGCCAGCAGUUGAAUGUACAUACAUUUAUUAAUAAACUAAACUGUUUUUGGCUGCUUCAGUGAGAUGGGAGAAAAAGUAGCUAGCAGUUUUGUUGGUGCUGAUUAUUCAGCUAUUCGUGGUGAGCUCUGGGCUGAUGUACAUAACCAGCUAAGGUGGAUGGUGGUGUAGAGAUUUUCCAUAUGGAUACAUCCUGUGUACAGAGUCAUUUGAUUAUUUUGUUAACAGUCCAGAGUGACCUGCCCUUCUGAUGAAUCCAUUUUUGAUUCAUCGUGUGUACCUAAUGUAAAUUUUCUUAAUAAAAGGUCAGUUUCUUCUUUA